AUGCCUACAUCUCCCAAGCAUUUAGUCAUGUCAAUGGAAUACAGCGAUAGCUGUUUCGAUUCUCCGAGUUCAAUCACCAAACCGGGUCUGAAAUUCAGGGAAGAAUCAUCCAGUUCCUUCUCAGACUUGGAAACACAGAGGGCAAUCCAAGGGAGUAAAAAUUUCCAUCGGCUUGGAUGGAAACGCCUGACUGUGAUCCUUAUCGUUGAGGCAAUUGCUCUGGGGAGUCUCAGUCUUCCUGCCGCGUUUGCGACACUCGGCUUGGUCGGAGGCAUCAUCGCCACUGUUGGAAUUGGCCUGGUUGCAACAUACGCGAGUUAUAUCGUCGGCGCAGUGAAAAUCAAAUAUCCGGAUGUUGAACAUUAUGGCGAUAUUGGAAGACUCAUUCUCGGAGACUGGGGCUUCUGGAUAAUUACCAUCGUUUUUAUUCUCAGUCUGUUGCUGACUGCUGGGUCGCAUUGUCUCACGGGUAUCAUUGCACUCAGCGAUAUUACUGGGAGCCAUGUCUGUACGAUUGUAUUUGGACUGGUCUCUGCUUUAAUUCUCCUUUGUCUAUCAAUCCCGCCGACCUUUGCCGACCUCGCUGUGCUGGGCUAUAUCGACUUCGCUUCGAUCAUGAUCGCCAUUGGCAUCACAAUCAUCGCUACGGGCGUCCAGCGCUCCCACAUGCCCGGUGGAAUGUCAAGUUCAAAUUGGUCGGCGUGGCCGAAGGAGGACACCGAUUUUGCAACGGGCAUGGUGGCCAUCAACAAUAUCGUCUUUGCCUUUUCAUUCGCGCCGGCUUUGCCAUCAUUUAUGAAUGAGAUGAGAGAACCCGAAGAUUAUAAAAAGUCCGUUUAUACCCUAGGAGGCAUCGAAAUUGUCCUCUAUACGGUCAUUGGGUCACUUGUGUACGUGUUUGUUGGGCAAGAUGUACAGUCCCCUGCCUUAUUAUCUGCGGGAACGCUUGUUUCACGGAUAGCGUUCGGCUUCGCUCUUCCAGUUAUUUUCAUUUCCGGCUCCAUCAACAUCAGUGUAUUGGCUCGAUAUCUUCAUACAACAAUAUAUCGUGACUCGGUGAUUCGCUAUGUCAAUACGAAGACGGGCUGGGUCACCUGGAUUACGCUCGUUGCGGUCCUAUCCCUGUCUUCAUGGGUGAUUGCCGAAGCCAUCCCGGUAUUUUCGAGCAUCCUGUCCAUCGCCGGUGCAUUGUUCUCCUCGGGACUGUGCUUCUACUUGCCUCCUAUAAUGUGGGCCGUGCUUUUAAAAGAAGGCAGUUGGAGUUCAAAGCAGAAUCUUCGAACUACUUUUUACAACGCGGCUGUGUUCCUGUUUGGAAUGGGAGUUUUCAUCUGCGGCAUGUACGCCAGCAUUGUCGACUUGGUAAGUUCCACCACACAGAACCGGUCUUCUUUUCAGGGCUCACUAACACCCUCGGAUAGAUUCAAGCAAGCAGAGCUGGGGUCGGUCGGCCUUUCUCCUGCUCUUCGAGUUAGAUAA